GGUACGACACGGAUGACCAAGAAAUAAUAAAAUUUAAUACCAUCCUGAGAGAUAACAUAGACUUGAUACAAGGAGACUCCAGAUUUUGGAUGUGUUCCCAUAUCUAGUGAAAAUACUCCCUAGAAUUGUCCUCGAGAAAGUGUUCAAAGUGAAAUUAGUCUGCCAAAAUAUGGACAAUUCAACAACCUCAUGCUUGAAACUAUAGAGACUCACGUGAAGACGCUGGACCCAGACAAUCCCAAGGACUACAUAGAUGCCUACCUCAUACAAAUGCAGAAAGAGAGGGGCAGCCUUAGUUCCAUAUUCAGGGAAGACUACUUCAACCUUAUCAUAACCCUCGACGACUUGUUCGCUGCAGGAAGUGAGACAACUUCGUCUACCAUCCGAUGGCUGAUCGCUCUCUUGGCCACCCAUCCCGAAAUACAGGGAAAAUGCAGAAGGAAAUUGAUGAGGUUGUUCCAAGGGACACACUCCUUCUCUCCAGGAUAAGGACAGACUGCCAUACACCGAGGCAGUUUUUACUGGAGGUAAUGAGGUAUUCUUCCUUAAUACCUGUAGGUGUUAUGCACGCAACCACAGAAGAAAUCCAAGUGGGCAGGUACCGUUUGCCUAAGAACACAGCAAUAUUUGCCAGUGCCAGGAGCUGCCACAGAGAAAACAAGAAAUAUUUUGAGAGACCUGAGAAUUCUACCCAUGAGCACUUCCUUGACAAAGAAGGCAAAGUCAUCACGAAGAGAGAAGGUUUCCUUCCUUUUUCUCUUGGGCGACGCCAGUGUCUGGGUGAGAGCUUAGCUAGAAUGGAGCUGUUCAUCUUUGCAACUUGUCUCUUCCAGAGAUUCACUGCUUCACCCCCCAAGGGGGGUUCCAUUUCUUUGGAACCUGAUCACUUCCAGCCCUCCUUAGCUUAUCCCGCCGUAUGA